AGCUGCUUCAGCAUCUGCUCAAUUAUUGGCACAACAACUCUUAAUGUUCAGUCUUGCAAUUUGCUCAAGUGCAUCAAGAAAGUGAGAGGAGGAGAAAGGAUUGCUCGAUCUCUGUUAGCUUGUAAUCCCUGUCACUAUUUAGGUAGGAGAUAGAGAAGGUUAAUAUGCAAGUCAUCCCUGUGUGUGUGCUGAUAUACUUCAUGCUGCCCUGCAAAAGUCAGUGACCAUAUUGUGCUCCAGUAAAAAACAAGGAAGCCUGGACACGCCCCUGGUGUCAGGAUUUGUGAAACCUUAUUUGCUGUUACAUGUCGAAAGUUAUGUUCUGUAGUUUAAUGAUUAAUUGAUAAACCUCAUGUUUUACUCACACUUUAAUAGUAAUAAAUAUUAACUUAUCCUCAAGUGUAACUGCAGAUAAUAGGUGAAUAAGUUAACUAUGGAGGGGCACUGGUUUGGAUGAGAGAUUAAAUCAUGCACCACAUAUGCAGAGACUGUAGUUCUCAAAGAAGGUGGCCCUUUCAGCCAUGUCAUUCUCCACUCUCUUCCCAGUGUCCUACUGUAUCCACAGUCCUACCCUCUGAAUAAAGGCUUGAAAAGCCCAAAAAUUAAAGUAAAAAAGUAAUAAAUAAAGGGUUUCAAACUCAAAAGUCUGCACCCGUAGUCAUGUGUAACCAUUUAUUUUCAAUUUUUCUCAGAUUUGGCAAUACAUGAGCCACAAACACUCCUUCUUUGUUCCACCUGCAAGACACUACCAGAUAUUUUUCAAGAAGCUCCUGAUGCACAUUAAAUUGCACGCACAUGCACACACAAAACCCAGACAAGUAUACAAGAUGGCCUCACAAGCUGCUACACUCACUGACCAGAAAGAAUACAUAGCCACUUGAGCUCCUGUCAUUGUGUGGUGAGCUUACAAAAAUCCAUCCCUUACAUGCCACCUUUCGAAAUAGUGACUUCACCCUGGAUUGGGUGUCACAGACUACACAAACAGAUCAUUACCUGCAGAUCAAAACAUUCACACUGCAGCACAAACAUGUGUAACCUACACGCAUGAGCGGCCUGAGAGGUACAGUUUGCAUAAACAGAAGUUAAACCACUCGUCACAGUAACAACAUAUCAGCAGCUAUGGUGUGAUGUCAUCGGCAGAUUCCAUGCAGUGAACAAGGAUGUUUUUUUUCCCAUUUGUCUGUGGUGACGAUGACACUGUCAUCCAGUGAAAGCAGUGAUUUGGUUUGAUAACAGGAAGUAAGAGCAGCAAUUAUACAAAGAUGGGUUGUUGAGUUCAACAUGACUGCCAGGUGAACUUACGUGGGAGAAGAAUGUGGAGCUGCGCUAAAUGAACAUGAAGUGCAUGACAUUAAAAGGCAUCUGUCUGUUACCUGCAGUCUUUCUAUAGUGCUUGCAUUGCUUCUGUAGUGUCACAUCUGCCCCUUUUCCAAAGUUUCCAAACAUUGAAGUCUGUUCAUAUGAGAGGAAAACGAUCCAAAGUAAGUGAUUUGUUUUAGGUGAAUUCACUCUGCUGGCCUUGAGCAACAGGAAGCACCAGGCUCUCUAUUUGUUUUAAAGAGAAACACCAUAACAAAGGUUUCUAUGUGGGCUUCAAAGUUGGCACAGGCAGCAUCUUUCCUUUAUCUGUUUUUAGUAUAACAACCAGCCAGGAAAGCUAGGGUGUUUUUUUUUAUAUAUAAUUGAGAUGCUGAUAUUUUCUAUAGGAAGGGAAAGUUCAUGCUGUGACAAAUAAUACUGUCUCAUACCUGCAGGCACCACACCUUUAAAUACAAAGGAAACAUGCGCCACCUGCUUGUCUCAGGUAAAAUAGUUCCAAGGUGUAUGCCAGAUCACAUUACACAGGUGAGACAGGUAAUAAAACUGCACUUAAUGUUUUCAGUGCACACCAUCACCCAAUUUGCUAGAUAGUAUAUUACAGUGUCAAUAUGAAUGUUUUAUGGUCAUAGGUUUAUUUAAUAUAAUGACUUUUGCGCACGCAAACUGAAGAUGAUUCUCCAAAUGUUUUCAAAUCAUGUGACUCCGCCCCCUUGGGUUGGUCCUGAGGUGAGCCGUCUAUAAACAGCAGCUCACACACAUGUGUAGGUGAGACGGGCUGCAGCACACUGACAGGUAUGAUGGAGCAAAAGGACCUCUUUGGAUUCAAGUUGUCUUGACGCACGAAAGAUCCGGACUUUACUCACAUUUCAUCACAAUCACAAAAGGACAAAUAAUCUGAAAGCAUGAAGUUGGAGGUGUUGUGUGGCGGCCACUACGACACGAAACAUCUGGAGAUGUUCAGUUACGCAGAGGGGAGUGUGCGCUCUCCCCUGUCCGCGGAAGAGGAGCUGGGAUCGGAUGGGGACUGCGUGGUCCACAGCCCUCCUCCACCUGUAACUCCAUGUGCUGUCGCCAAGUCCAAGCCGUACACACGGAGACCUAAACCCCCUUUCUCCUACAUUGCUCUCAUCGCCAUGGCUAUCCGGGACUCGUCCACUGGACGUCUCACUCUGGCGGAAAUUAACGACUAUCUGAUGAAAAAGUUCCCGUUCUUCAGAGGCAGCUACACCGGCUGGAGGAACUCUGUGCGGCACAACUUGUCUCUUAACGACUGUUUCCUAAAAGUGCUCCGGGACCCGUCCAGACCGUGGGGUAAGGACAAUUAUUGGAUGCUCAAUCCUCAGAGCGAGUACACCUUCGCCGAUGGGGUGUUCCGGCGCAGGAGAAAGCGCAUAGAUAAGAAGGAGCAGAGGGCAGAGGAGCCGCAGAGCGUUCAGCAGCCUGAGCCCGCCUCAAAGACUGGUUCAUGUAUCAAGUUUACGAGUUCGUUUGCUAUAGACAGCAUCCUCAGCAGGCCGUUUGAGAGGGACUCAAACAGAGAUCGUUUACUUAUGCACACUGCCUACACCUGGCCGAGCUACACUGGACUAAUGACGCCUUAUUCAAAUACACCUGCUGCCUCAUUUUCAUACAUCAAGUCACCCUGUACUGUGGACUCCUAUGACGUUGCGCUGCUCUCGCAAACACGUGUGCGAUAUUAAAAUGAAAUCUGAACUUCAUUUGGUGGUUAAAAAUCAUCAAUGUGCACUGAUGGUGGACAGAGGUGGCACGGUGUUACACUCUUUUAGACUAUACCUCUGUUCAUUUCCCACCGGAGUUUUCAUUUUGUGCAUGUUUGUUUUUCUUCAGUGACAUUGAACUGUCCAUGAGUGUUGUUGACUCUAUAACAAACAUGUUGAAAACACGCACAUUGGCUGUUAUUUUCUCUGUCUUUAAAAAAAGUUUUUUGCAACGAAAUAAAACAAUGACUCAUAAA